AUGAGUAGUGAGCCAGAAGUCGGUGGUAGUUACGGCCGAGACUUCCCUCGUGGAAGCCUCCUGCAUCAAAAAGUGGGACAUGAGCUUGAAUGGGGAUUCUUCAAGUAUCUUUUCACCGGUAUCCUUUGGGAGAAACCGGACAACGGCUAUGGAGAACGUCAGGGCCUCAUGAAAGCGCGAGAUAUUCUCCUCGGAAAGAAUGUCUUUGUCAACGUGAGAAUCCUGUGCAGCAAGAACUGUGACCUUGAAGAUGAGAAGGUAGUCGCCAUGAUCGACCGUGCCAACGAGGCUUUCGAUUAUGAAGUCAAUACUUUCCAUCAGCUUUAUGAUACCGGCCGCACUCCUGUUGUCAUCACCUCUACUAGGAUUCUCCAGGACAAUGGUUGGGAGAACCCUGGCGGCUACCUGCACAUAUACGUGAUGGAGGAGUACCCCCUGCUGGGCCUUGACGAUGCAUUCGACGUCAUGUCGGAGGCCAACAUCCCCAUGCUUGAGAACGAACUUUACUCGUGCUUCGGCAUCUUCUUCCGCCACAGGCUCGCCUAUUACGCGGCUGACUACGAAUACAAGUAUGAUGCAGCGCGGAAGAUCUUGUUUGCGGUCAACAUCGAGAACUUUCACUCAGUCCGGGACCUCGACGACCUUGAAGCGGCGGAAAGUUACUUCUCGGGAGUCAUUCGCAAUCUUCAGCGCACGAUUGAAAUCAAAUCAGCCCGUGCCCUGGAGGCUCGCUCUCGCGCACUCGCGUCUCACAGCAUGUUCGAAGGUACCGUGGAGCACUGGGAAGAUAUCAACGACGAGCACCCUUUGACUGAAUUUAACACUCGCUCCUAG